GGGAAAAGCUGGUCUCUGAAUGCAAUGGCACAGCAGAGUCUGUCUGCACCCACUGUGAGAGCGGACACUAUCAGCAGAGCUGGACCAAGGAGAGGCACUGUGCCCCCCACGAUAUCUGUGAAGACAACGCUGGCCUCACGGUGAAGACACAAGGAAACGCAACACACAACACGGUGUGCCAGUGCCGGGCCGGCAUGCACUGCUCCGACACCAGCUGCCAGACCUGUGUGGAGAACCAGCCCUGCCAGCGCGGCUUCGGCUUCGUGGCAGCCAAGGCCAUGGCCCGGAUGUCAUCCCCCUGCGAGCCCUGUGCAGAAGGCACCUUCUCCAAUGUCUCUUCUAAAACUGAGCCAUGCCAUCCCUGGACGAGCUGUGAGGAAAAGGGGCUGGUGGUGAAGGCGAAAGGGACAAACGCCUCGGAUGUGAUCUGCGAGUCGGGCAGGCGCUCCUCACUGUCAGUCCUGAUCCCCAUCACAGCUGCGGUUGUCACGUGCCUCGUGGGCGUCUGCAUCUACUGCCUGGUCCACACAGAUCCCAAGCGACGGGUGCAGAUGCAG